GUCUUGUCGCCAUAUUGAUACUUCUUCCAAUUUCAGGCAUAGGGUCUUUAAAUGGGCAUACAGCAUGCCUCGCGAUCCGCUCAUCGGCCUCGUCGGCAAGCCCUCGUCAGGCAAGUCAACGACGCUUAACAGCUUGACAGACGCCACUUCUAAAGUCGGAAAUUUCCCCUUCACAACCAUCGAUCCACAACGCGCAAUCGGCUACCUCCAAAUACCCUGCGCCUGCGCGCGCGUACAACAGACCUCAAAAUGCAAGCCGAACUACGGAUCGUGCCUCGACGGACGACGCAGCGUACCCAUCGAGCUCCUCGACGUCGCCGGUCUCGUGCCCGGCGCGCACAUGGGCAAAGGCCUCGGCAACCGAUUCCUCGACGACCUUCGACACGCCGACGCACUCGUACACGUCGUCGACGUAUCCGGGACCACAGACGCAGAAGGCAAAGCGACGCGCGGAUACGACCCCUCGCAGGACAUCGUGUGGCUGCGGUCCGAGAUCGUGCGGUGGAUACAAGGGAACCUGAUGGAGAAGUGGGGGUCGAUCCGGCGGCGGCACUUGGCCGUGAAAGCGACGGCCGUGGAGACGCUGCAGAACCAGUUCUCGGGUUACGGGUCGACGAGCCAGGUCGUCGCGCGGUGUCUGGACAAACUCGCACUCAAGGAGCCGCUGCAGGAUUGGUCGGACGAGACGAUCGAGAAGGUCGUUAACGCUUUCACGGACGAGAAGUUCCCGACUGUGAUCGCGCUGAACAAAAUCGACCACCCGGACGCGGACAAGAACAUCGCGAAGAUCGCGAAGGCCCAGGACCCGAAGAGCAUCGUGCUCUGCAGUGCCAUCGCGGAGGUGUUCCUGCGGAAACUCGCAAAGCAGGGUUUCGUGAAGUACACCGAGGGUUCCGAGUUCGUCGACACGCGGGAAGACCUUAUCGAAGCGGGGGACCCAUCCGGCGGCGACCUGAAGGAGCUCGAUGAGAAGCUGCGGGCGCGCAUCGAGAAUCUAAAGGACAUGGUGCUAUAUCGUUUUGGGUCGACGGGCGUGGUGCAGGUGCUCACGCGCGCGAGCGAGCUGCUGGGUCUCGUCCCUGUGUUUCCGGUGCGGAAUAUCCAUACGUAUACCAGUGGGAGUGCGAGCUCCAGCGCGGUGUUUAGAGAUUGCGUGCUGGUGAAAAAGGGGAGCACGGUCGGGGAUGUGUUUAGGAAGGUUAUGGGGGAUGCGCCGUUGGCGUAUGUGGAGGGGGAGGGCGGGAGGAGGGUCGCGGAGGAUGACCUUGUGGCUGUGGGGAAGAAUGAUAUCCUGAGUUUCAAGGUUGGUCGAGCGUGAAGAGGAGACGAAUAUACGUAGGAAUGAUUCAGGAAUAUGAAUGUUAUGUUAGAAAUAGAGAUGCAUAGAAUCUACAGCGAUUCGAAUGUAAUGAACUACAACU